UACGAAUAUGACUGCAACAUUGGUUGCAACGUUGGCUGUUUAGUGAGCGCCACGGGAACAUCAAGUUUCCUCUGGUUCUUUGAGACUGCCCCUUCGUUCUGCUCACUUGAGAAGAUGGGAACGAGUCUGUCUUUUCGUCUGAGCAAGGAUGAUGACGACCCUUGUCAAUGGAGGCGAUCGCCAAGUUGGCGUGUGACCCCCAACGCUUGUCUAAACGAAGCGGGAGAGUGGGCUGAAGGAGCAACUUUGCCAUAUGAGGAAGCGUUUAAAAGAGAGUGGCGAGGCAUCACAGAAGGGGUUGUCGCGUGAUAAUGAGGUUGUUGAUAUAUCUGAUGCCAGGCAAUGCUGGCCAUAGUGGAACAGAUAUCAUGGCAUGAUAAUAGCAUGAGCUUUUCCCCUGCGAACGAACCACUAGUUCGAGGUUCAUAAACGAGGGUUGUUGCAAAUUGAUGAGGACGGAAAUUGAAGUCGCAUUGGAAAAAUCCAUCAGCGCUUGAUGGACAGAGGUUGAUGCGAUGGGAUGGAGACGGAUGAGUUGGCGUUAAAAUCCAGCAAAGGCGGUGUUGAAGAGCAGAUGAUUUAGCAAUGGCAAUUGAAUUCAAUGGUGUAAGUUGACUUUAAUUGAGUAUGAUGAGUCGAUAAACAUGUAUAUUCAUACCUUAUCACACGUUAGUUGUCUUGAGCAUUUUGAUACGCGAACGGGAGAUUAAAUUAGGAACUCACGGUACCUAACCCACCGAACGGGAACUACUGUACAGAGAGAGUAUUAGCGCCCAGAUUAAUGAUGCUAAACCCAACACAUGAAGCGUCUCCGAAUGACACAGUUAAAGUUCCAAAAGCAGGAACAGAGGUAAACGCCUCAGAAUGAAGGCGGUGAUAUUUAAUUCUCCAUUACGCGUAUCAAGACGCGUAAACAGUAAAUCUCGUGGUGUUGUUUGUAUGGCUUAUGAGCAUAAUGUUGAGAGGGUACCGAAUAAGCCUCGAUGAUCAUAUGCAAAGACGAUCAGAUCAAAAAAGAAAAGGGGUCCUUCACAUGUGAAAGAAGGAAAGCAAAAAAUCAUUCUUCUGCAACUUGAUUUGAUCUGAGAUUGUCUCAUCACCUCGCCACAAGAGACGACGCAAGGGCAGCCAGAGUGACAGCUUCUAGUUUGUUCUCCAAGAGAUCAAUCUCAACAAUUCAUGGUGCUGCUAGAAGGUACUUAUCACACCACGUAUACUGUGCGCGAGGUCAUGUAACUUUCAUCAAGUAUAUCAUGCCAUCACACAUGGCACCCGUCGAUGACGUCGCUCUCUGCCCCGCAGUGAGUUAAGCGUCUGAGCUCGAGGGAAUGAGGGAGCCGCCUCCACACAAGCUCCUGCUCACACUGCCACUGCCUCGUUGCCUCGUCACGAUCUAUCACGGUGUCGUCAUUCCUGCUUUCUAUUUGCCUUGACUCUUUAAAAACACUUGCCUGCCCUUUGCUACCUUCAAACUUCAACACAACAAGCUUGAUACCCCUCAUUAACCACACCAAACCACAAACACAACCACACAUUCAUCAUGUCUGCCAACUCUACUAUCAACGUCAAGAACAUCGCUUCGUCCACUAGCGACAGCGAGAUCAAGGACUUCUUCAGCUUCUGUGGUAAGAUCGCUGAUCUCAAGGUCACCCAAGAGGGCGAGACCAAGUCCGCUGAGGUUAUCUUCGAGAAGGAGACUGCCAAGAAGACUGCUCUUCUCCUCAACAACACCCAACUCGGUCCCAACCAUCUUGAGGUCACCAGCGCUGGUGCUGACGGCGAAGACGAUGUCCACCAAGCCACCAAGAACGCUGACCGCGACUCCGAUGAGAUCACCCAAGAGGAGAAGCCCCGCGCCCGCAUCCUGGCCGAGUACCUUGCCCACGGUUAUGUCGUAGGCGACGCCGCCAUCCAGCGUGCCCUCGACCUCGAUGCCGCUCACAACGUCUCCAACCGCUUCUUCUCUACCCUCCAGGGUCUCGACCAGAAGUACCACGCUACCGACCGAGCCAAGGCCACCGAUGAGAGCUAUGGUAUCACCCAGCGCGCCAACAGCCUCUGGCUCGGCCUCAGCUCUUACUUUGAGAAGGCCUCCAACACACCCACCGGCAAGAAGAUUGCUGAGUUCUACACUGAGGGCAGCCGACAAGUCCAGGAGGUGCACGCUGAGGCUCGUCGCCUUGCUGAUCUCAAGAAGGAGGAGCACGGUGGAAGCGCCUACAAGGCUGCGGGUCUCGAGAAGGUCUUCGGCAAGGAGAAGACUUCCGGUGCCGCCGCUCCCGAGGCUGGUCAGGGCAGUCUUGGAACAUCAGUUCCUGCCGCCUCUGCCGACAACGUUCCCAAUGUGAGCGCUCCUGAGGGUGGUGAGAAGCACUAAGCUAUCAAAAUUAGGGAGAUGUGAAGUAAUGAGGAAGCAAUGGGGUAUUUCUUGAGCUCUGAUGAGACAUUCAUAUGACGGCUUGUUGCAGCCUGUUAGUUAACGAAUUGUUACGACUUUUACGCAUGUCACAAUCAAUAAAUUCGAGAUGAAUUCUACCGUUUACUUUUGAUCGUGAGUAGUAAUCUCGCAAGUAGGAUGAAAGGCUACAGCUUAAGAACGAUGACAUGUGAAAGUGGCAAUUUUGUGAUUCAUAAAACGUCUAACGAUGUCUCUACUUCAUUCACAAGUAACUUAUAGGCAUUAUGCAUUCACAGACAUGUUCAAUGGAGAUGAGGACAGUAAUUUAAAUGAAGCGACUAUUUCAGUCGUGGUUUAUUAGUUCUAUGCAUUCCCUUGUCCAUCAAUUCAUAACCAUCGUGGUAUCGUUUGUUCUAUUCCCAUGUUAGAACUGUUCCAUCGAGCUUAUUCUUUUGGCUUGACUGACUAUUUCUUCUCAGUCUUGGAGAACUUCUCAUCCACAAUAUCGUCGGUGAGACCCUUGGGGUUCGAUGAGAGGUUCUGCAGAUAGUUAGCAUCAUGUUCGAAAAGUGGAAUUGGCGGUUUUCUUGCCUCAAGCUGUCUCUUAGGGUCCUUGUCAUCAGUCUUGUUGAUGCCGUGGCCAGAGGCAGGAGGAUCCUGCUGCUGGCGACCGCUCUGCUGCUCAGGAGCUGGUGAUUGACGUCCCUCAGGCAUGAUUGCUGUGAUUUUUGGUAUGUGAAGAGGUUCGGGAUUGAGUUAUUGUUGACGAGUUAUUUGAAUGUGGAAUGGUCUCAGAUGAGGAAGAGUGAGAGGUUAAGUACGAAAAGUGGAAAACAAUGAUUGCAAGUUGACGUCGAAGGUGGGAUUCUAUGCCGUCAUAGGGGGAUUACAUCAUGGGCAGGAGGGAGAUCGAGAUGGUGUUUUUUUGAUGGAGUAACGAUGCGAGCCAAUGAUUUACAGAAAGAGGGUCGAGAUACGGGCCGUUUGUGGUUUUGAUUCAGGAACAGUGAGAAGCUGCUGAUAAGUUGCUCUCAGUAAGUGUGAAGCUGUCAGAGCUUGUUGGUGAUUUGAAGCUCCCCCACUUUCUUGUAUUGGGAGUUUCUGGGGUUUAUUACGCUUACUAUGAGGUUGGUUAAUGGUGACAGAUAUUGACAAGAAUCACUCAGAGGUUGAUAAUCAUCCAUCAGUUCAGAUAUUCUUUAAUUGUUCAUUUCACUGCGUCUGUUAACUCAUGGUUGGAAUACUCAUGGAAGCU